UCUGUCGUUGAAAGAAAAACGCUUGGGCUGCAUAAAUAACCAAAGAAAAUAUUUUGUUCUCUGUUUUAACAAUUACAAAUUAUAGUAUUAAUAUGGCAUCAGGGCUUGAAAAUUAUAUUAACCAAACAGUUUCUGUGAUAACAGCUGAUGGACGAAAUUUUAUUGGUACUUUAAAGGGAUUCGAUCAAACGAUAAACAUUAUAUUGGAUGAAUCCCACGAAAGAGUAUUUUCAUCGUCCACUGGAGUAGCACAAGUUGUACUCGGACUUCAUAUAAUUCGAGGUGAUAACAUAGCAAUCGUCGGUCAAAUAGAUGAAUCUAUUGACAGCAGAUUGGACCUUGGUAAUAUAAGAGCAGAACCUUUAGGAUCUAUUGCACAUUAAUAAUUAUUUAGGAAUAAUAUUAAAAUAUUUUUUGUAAA